AUGUCGGCCAAGAAGAGUGAGCCGCCCCCACAGGACCCGCUUGCCACGCCCCCAAAGACCAGCAUUCUCCGUUUGGGCCACAAGAACCACUCGCAGUGGAACGCCCUCGGAUCCGCGUCCUUCGUCCUGAUCUCCGGCGGAAUGAGCUUGGCCUGGGGAGCCGGAUUCGCGGUCCACUCCUCGCAUCGGGAUCAACUCCUGCUCACCGUUCAUAUGCAACUCGCCUGGUACGCAACUGCCAUCUUGGGAGCCCUUUUCGGGGCAUUCGUCACUCACCGCCUGCCGCAGCAACCUAUCUAUAUAUCAAGCUCUUGCUUGGUGAUAGCUGCCGGAAUAUUAUUCCUUUCCUGGCCGGAAUGCUCUGGAGCCAUUAUAGCCGCUCGAUAUUUGGAUGGACUGGCCAACGGUCUGGUUUUUGUUCCCGCCCUAAGUACAGUGGGUGAAAUCGGGGUGAACGAGGUCCGUGGGCUGUUGGCAGCCACAGUGGAGCAACUCAGCACGAACACUGGCAUCCUGAUGCAGUUGAUCUAUACGGCAGUGUGGCAAGUGGAUUGGAACGUGGUAAUCGUGGCGGAUCAGGUGCACGGGGUGUUAUCUAUUAUAUACGGAGUGAUUGCCUUGGCUUUAUCUCUAACUCUCUGUGUGGAGUCACCUGUUCACCUGCUGAUGAGAUCCAAUGAACAAACAGCAGUGGUUGCAUUGAGACACCUCCAAAGACCUUACAUGGUGACCAGUAAAACACUUCUGCGGUUGGAUGAGCACAAGCUUUAUGUGGCCACCAAUCGGGAGAUGAGUUUGGGAUUGAGUCUGCAGAAGGGGUUUCCAUCGCUUCUGAAGCUCCUGGCUCUUCGAUUGUUGGGGAUUAUGUGCUUGAACUACAUCAUCUGCAGUGCACUGUACGAAACUGCCUGCGAGUUGUUGAGCAGCUUUCAUGCCUGGCCAUAUGUGGUUUUCGGAGUGCUGCGGUGGUGCGGCUGCUUCUUUGUGGUGCUGCUGAUGGACACCACUGGCCGCAAGAAGCCCACGCUCUUUGGAAUUUUCUCCACCGGAGCCUUUGCCCUCGCCUUUGCCAAUUUGUUCGGGAGAACGUCGCACAUGAUCUCCGCCCUGGUGAUGCUCUUCAGCCUGCAAUUCUUCGCCGGAGUGGGUCAGUGUGCCUCGGCGGCUUACCUCACAGAGGCGUUUCCCCUGGGAGUGAAACCACACCUGGUGGCAGUGGUCUACAUCAUGGAGCUGAUCACCCGGCUGCUCCUCUGCAGCUUUGCCCCUUCGAUCACAGUAAUUACUGCUUACUUUAGUGUCCUGGGUUCACUUUCUUUGGUUUUGUUUCUUCUGGGAAUCUUCUGCCUGCCGGAGACGAGGCUAGUAACUCUGGCAGAGACACAGGUCAAGUUCUCCAAGUGGUUCAACAAGGAUUUCUAGCUGUUCGGAAAAAGGGGAAUAAACGCUUUGUGUAAAACUA